AUGGCAGAAGUUCCACAGCUUAACUCCACCUUUCCAUACCCAGCAUUCUUCCUACUGAGUGGCACUCCAGGGCGACAGGGUGCCCAGGCCUGGCUGGCACUGGUCUUUGGGCCCCUAUGUCUGCUGGCCCUGCUGGGCAAUGGAACAAUGCUGGCAGUGCUGCAGGUAGAUUCCACACUGCACCAGCCCACAUUUCCACUCCUGGCCACACUGGCAGCCACAGACCUGGGCUUAGCCAUAUCAAUAGCCCCAGGGUUGCUGGCUGUGCUGUGGCUCGUGCCCCGCCCUGUACCAUAUGCUGCCUGCCUGGUCCAGAUGUUCUUUGUUCAUGCACUGAUCGCCAUGGCAUCUGGCAUACUGCUGGCCGUAGGGUGUCCAUUACACCCUAUCCUGGUCACCAAAGCUCGUAUGGAGUACACAGCCCUGGCACUGAUACUGAAAGCUGUGGCUAUUGUUGUGCCUUUCCCUCUCCUGGUGGCACAAUCUGAACACUUGAACAAGACCAUAGACCAUGCCUACUGUGCACACAUGGCGGUGGAGCUGGUGCUGAGUACGCAGGCCAACAACUUGUAUGGGCUAGCGCUCUCACUGGCCAUGUCGGGUGUAGAUAUUCUGGGCAUCACUGGCUCUUGUGGGUUCACUGUCCACACUGUGCUGAGGCUGCCUGCCAAGGAGUCCCGUGCCAAGGCCUUUGGUACGUGUUGUUCCCACAUCUGUGUCAUGCUGCCUUUCUACAUACCUGGUCUCUUCUCCUCCUUCACACACCACUUUGGUCAUCACACUGUCCCAAAGCACAUUCUUCUCUCUAACAUCUAUUUGCUGCUGCCACCUGCCCUCAACCCUCUCAUCUAUGGGGCCUGCACCAAGCAGAUCAGGGACUGGCUCCUAGAAACAUUCACAUUCAGGAAAGAACAGUUCUAA